ACACCUGUGUGCCUUUGGAAAAUAUUAUUUGCCUAGCCCAGCUCUAUAUUAUAAAGUAUGUCUACAUUACAUUUAAUAGGUGUUUUAACCUAAACUUAUAAGAUUGGAAAUUUUAUUUUUAAAAACACACAAAACAUUAUUGAAACACUGCCAGACUAUUGGUAAAAGUUUGCUCCUCCUCACAGAAUGAAUUUGAUAGAAAAAGCAGAAGGAAUGAACACCAUCAUCAGCAGCUCCUUCAGCCUCAGAAGCAUCACUGAGGUUUUACAGAAAAAUCUGUUAUUAUUCAACAACUUGACCAAACAAUCCUUCCACAACAACUGCUGUUAGUCAGAUGAACACAGUUAGCUUUUUUAUGCAUUUCUGUUGCCUAUCGAAUGAGCUCACCAGAGAGAAAAAAAAGUCUGUGGUGGCAAAAAGUCCUAAGCAGGAGGAACAUUGAUGACAUGCUGGCAAACCAGACAUUGAUCUGGAGAUAUUUUGGUUCCCCUAGAAUUCACUUGGGGAUUUGAGUGGAUGUGUUGGGAUCAACAAACUACUGGAGACCCAGAGGAAAUGAAAUCUACACCCAGAACUUUAACCUUGUGAGCUGAAAUUUCAUAUGUCUAAUCCAAUAAGACGAAGCAUCAGAGUAAAACUACAGAAUAUGGCCUACUGCACUGUGAGUUAUAACAUUGUUGUACAUUGAAUACUUUCAAAUGCAUUAUUAAAAAUGGCAAAUAACUCUGCAACGUGGAAUUGUUAGCAAGUUUUGUAGCAGACGAACUGUGAAAAAUAAUAUUCAAUGCAGGACUAUACUAUUAUAACAUACCCUCAUGAAAGAAUGGCCCUAGGUACAGACUUAAAUCCAAAGGAGAGUAGAAGGAACAGCCUUAUCACAGAGGCUCACCAACACCCUGCAUCCAGUCUAAUGGGACUAAUUUGCAUAAGACUUGUUAGAAACCUCUGGAAACCGUUUAUAGCCUCCUUUCUGUGUAGUUUCAGUGAAGUUACACUGUAUUAAGGGGUAUGAGUACAUGUGCAACAAGCCAAAGGUUUCUGGUAUAACUUCCCUUACUACCGAGGUGAAUGGAGAAGCAUGAUAAAGUCUGUCCAGCAACACUUGAGUUGCUAAGAAAUCAACCUUAUUAAUGGACAGAAAGUUGUGGCCUUUGUUCUCCAUCAGCAUCCAAAUGAGUGCAUGUGCAAGCCACACUUUUAAAAUGGCUGUUUAUUGAAAGAAAAUUAAAAUAUCUAUAUUUUUUUACAAUUUGUUAUGUAUUGAUCUCCAAUACUGACUGAAAUCCGAAUUAAAUACACAAAGAUGUAUGGUUCUGUUGUAACAAAAUGUGCAAAAGGAAUACUUUAGGAAGAUGCUCUAUCAGUAAUAGCAGAGGAAAAACCUUUUUUUGGAAAUAGUAGGUUUCUUCUGUAGUUGUGAAAUGGUGAAGGUCGUUAUAAGGGAUGAAAAUGUCAUUGACUACAGUUGAUGCAUAGCAAUGAUCCUCCCCACUAGCUUCAUAGCUCACGUCUGACCAUCUGUUCACUGCACAGGUUAUGUCUUCAGAUGAUACAUUUCUCAAAAUGUAAGGAAGGCACACUGAAUCUGUCACCACUUUACUGACAACUAACCAGCAACAUUUUUUUGUUUCAGUGCCUCCAGCAAAAGAAGAAAAGCCUAACAAUAAGGUCUGAAAUAUUGCAGUCAUAAGCCAGUUGCGGAACCUUUUGUAUGUAAAGGCAAAAACCAUCAAUUUCACAGAGGGUGACCCCAGUCUAUAGUUAUGAGGAGGGCCCCGCAGUGCGUGGAGUCCUAAGAGUAUGAAUUAAAAAGCAAGGGUUUAAGUUUGGAGAGGGUGCACCUUUACCAAAUAAAGGACUUUUCAGUAAACCCUGCAAAUCUGGAUAAGAUAGAUAACAAAAGAGUUUAAAUUGUAAUCGCUGCUGGUAACUCAGGGAAGUUGUAUCUCCACUGAAAACACCCUUUUAAAAAAAAAACUUUUACCGUAGCUUUUGUUAAAACUUCGUCGACUUAUUCUUAAACUCGCAGCUAAACGAUGUCGUUUGUCCCAGGCAAACCAGUGACUGCAGUCGUCCAAAUAAUUGAGAUCCAGAAAUUGCGCCAAGGAGACAACCUGAUUCUGGGCUUCAGCAUUGGAGGUGGCAUCGACCAGGACCCUGGGCAGAACCCCGUCUCGGAGGACAAGUCAGAUAUGGGAAUCUAUGUGACCAGGAUAACUCCAGGAGGACCAGCAGAGGUUGCAGACUUGAGGGUAGGAGACAAGAUCAUGCAGGUGAACGGCUGGGACAUGACCGUGGUGACUCACGACCAGGCUCGUAAAAGACUGACCAAGAAGAACGAGAAGGUCGUGAGGCUGCUGAUCACCAGGAAGUCCCUGUAAGAAGCUGUUAAACACUCUAAGGGCUGUCAUCCCCGGCAGUGAUGAAGGGGCGCUGCCUGCGUGGGCCUGAACAUUUCUAUGAACGUUAAAGACUUUUUCCUAACUUUUUCCUCUUAUUUACAACAAAAAAAAAAACAAUAUUCUGCCAUCCUGACUGCAGCAAUUAAAGCCAAAGUUUAAGCCAAACAUUUAGUACAGUAUGUAAUGCAGGGUCUGUCAUACUUUUUUCCUUCUAGCUAACGGUACAGUCUGUGUAAAAUCUGUACACGAUCAGGGUUUCUUCUUAUUCACUGGUGUCUUGCUUUUGGUUGAUUCAGUUUCUCUAUUUGCUUAAAGUAUCAAAUUCUAAAAGCAUUUAUUCAACUCGUGACUCUUCCACCACCUCGUCCGGACAGUAUUUUAGACAUUUCAUUUAUCCUUUUGGUGACACUGGGUAGAGUUAAAAAUCGUGUCGCUAUAUUUUAUUAGAAAUCUGUCCCGCUACAACUGGCUUUGUACAGAUCAAAUCAAGACAUUUUUUAUUAUUACAACUGGACAAAAGUCAAGUUGAAAU